AUGGUACCUAGCCCCUUACCACCAAUUGUUCGGGAAACAUGUAAAGAGUUUGCGUUUGAUUAUAGCGAACUACAGAUGGAGGUCUUAUCAGAAAAAUUGGUACAUUAUAAAUCUUGGAAAGGAGACGAAAUUCUCGUGGAAGUUACAAAGGGAAUCCUCAGCGUCUUGACUGUGCUAAAGAUCUUCCCUUUGGGAAAUCUUCAGAAACAAAGUAUUGCUAGUGCGGAUAGAAGAGGUGAAGGGCAUUCUGGAAGACGACCGGAUAUAAAGUUUUGUGGAGAGAAGUUAAUGAUGGAGUUUUUUGGACCCAUAAAGGAUGUUAUUCGGAGAAGGAUAAUUGAAAUCAAGUUGCUGGGCGUGAAAUUACAUCUUAAUGUACUUAUCAGGGAUUCGGGUGAUCGUAGGGCUUUUACAUCAGACAACCGAGCGGGUCAUCUGUGCCCACCCAAGGCUUUAAACAUAAACAACCGAGCGGGUCAUUUAUGCCCCAACAACCGAGCGGGUCAUCUAUGCCUCAACACUAGUUUUAUGGCUCGGCGAACGGCC